UCAUCAUGGCGGCGCGGGGCCAUGUGCAGGACCCCAACGACCGGCGCCUGCGGCCCAUCUACGAUUAUCUCGACAAUGGCAAUAAUAAAAUGGCAAUCCAGCAGGCGGAUAAACUGCUCAAAAAGCACAAGGAUCUGCACUGUGCAAAGGUUCUAAAGGCCAUUGGCUUGCAGAGAACUGGCAAGCAAGAUGAAGCAUACGCUCUGGCACAAGAAGUGGCAGCACUCGAGCCCACGGAUGAUAAUUCCCUGCAAGCACUGACUAUCCUCUACCGGGAAAUGCACAGACCGGAACUGGUAACUAAACUUUAUGAGGCAGCUGUAAAGAAGGUUCCCAACAGCGAGGAGUAUCACUCUCAUCUCUUCAUGGCCUAUGCCAGGGUUGGAGAAUACAAGAAGAUGCAACAGGCUGGAAUGGCACUUUAUAAGAUUGUACCCAAAAACCCUUACUAUUUCUGGUCUGUGAUGAGCCUGAUCAUGCAGUCUAUUUCAGCACAGGAUGAACACCUCUCAAAGACCAUGUUUUUGCCACUAGCUGAGAGAAUGGUGGAAAAAAUGGUGAAAGAGGAUAAGAUUGAAGCUGAGGCUGAAGUUGAACUGUACUACAUGAUUCUGGAACGUUUGGAGAAGUAUAAGGAAGCCUUAGAUGUUGUGAGAGGAAAACUAGGAGAGAAGCUGACGAGUGAGCUCCAAAGCCGGGAGAACAAGUGUAUGGCGAUGUACAAGAAGCUGUGUAGGUGGCCGGAGUGCAACGCGCUGUCGAGGAGGCUGCUGCUCAAAAACUCAGAUGAUUGGCAGUUUUAUAUAACGUACUUUGAUUCAGUGUUUCAACUCAUUGAUGAGUCCUGGACACCCCCACCAGAGGAAGAGCACUCUUUGGAAGGAGAGGUGCACUAUUCUGUAGAGCAAGCUGUGAAGUUCAUAGAAGAGAGGAUAACAGAAGAAUCCCAGAGCUCUCGGCCGCUUCGGGGACCGUAUUUAGCUCAACUGGAGCUGAUUCGCCGCUUGCGACACCGAGGCUGUAACGAUGAGUAUAAACUAGGUGAUCCAGAAGAACUAAUGUUCCAAUACUUCAAGAAGUUUGGAGACAAGCCCUGCUGUUUUACUGAUCUCAAAGUAUUUGUGGAUCUCCUCCCAUCCAGCCAAUACACAAAGUUCGUCGGGGAGCUGCUGGGAGUGAUCCCUCUGGCAGCAGGGCCGGGGAGCGAGGCGGCGCUGCCGGCCGACAUCCGAGCGCUGCAGCAGCACCUGUGUGUGGUGCAGCUCUCGCGCCUGCUCGGGCUCUACCACGCCAUGGAGAAGCAGCAGAAGCUGACGGUGGUGCGGGAGCUGAUGGUCAGAUACCGCCAUGGGUUGGAGUUUGGGAAGUCUUGUUUGAAAACUGAACUGCAGUUUUCAGAUUACUACUGCCUGCUUGCAGUUCACCUGCUGCUGGAUUUGUGGCUAGAAGGUGAAGACACAGCUGUGUGGCAGUGCCUAACUCUCUUAGAAGAAGGGUUAUCUCAUAGCCCUUCUAAUGCUCAGUUUAAAUUGCUGCUCAUUCGAAUCUACUGCAGGCUUGGUGCAUUUGAACCCGUUGCAGAGCUCUAUUCCAGCCUUGAUGCAAAACACAUACAGCACGACACCAUCGGCUAUCUCCUGACACGCUAUGCAGAGGCACUGGGCCACUACGCUGCUGCAUCCCAAUCCUGCAAUUUUGCACUCAGGUUUUUCCACUCCAACCAGAAAGAUACCUCAGAAUAUAUCAUCCAAGCCUACAAGUACGGGGCGUUUGAGAAGAUCCCAGAGUUCAUUGCGUUUCGGAACAGGCUCAACUCUUCCCUUCACUUUGCUCAAGUUCGCACAGAACGGAUGCUGUUAGACCUCUUACUUGAAGCAAAUAUAUCAACCAGUUUAGAAGAAAGUGUCAAGUCCAUGAGCCUGAGCCCAGAAGAGGAUGACAUUCCAUGGAAAGAUCUGCGGGACAACAGAGACCUGACAGUCCUGUUUAACUGGGAUCCCAAAGACAAGGACGUUUCUGAAGAGCAUAGGAAACUGUCACUGGAGGAAGAGACGUUGUGGCUGCGGAUCCGGUCGCUGACGCUGCGGCUGGUGAGCAGCCUCCCGACCCUCACCCACCCCCUCCAGCCCAGGAACUCGGAGAAGGCUGCAGAGAACGGCGUCUCCUCCAGGAUCGACACCGUUCGAGCCCUGCUGCAGCAGCUGGAAGCAGCAGUGGAUUCAGGGAAGAAGUUUCUAGAACAGAAAAUUCAGUAUCCUGUCCUUGGCCCUCCUCCUACCCGAAUGGCUGGCUUCUUCAGUAAUGGCAGCUGUCAGUGCCAGACUAGCUUGUUUUAUCUUGUUAGUGAUAUUUAUGAACUAGAUACCAAUGGCUUAGAAGAUUCAGCAGAAAUCCAGGAAAGGAUAGGGAAUAGUUUCAAGUCUUUAGUAGAACGACUAACAGACCUGUUCAAUAAAUGUAAAGGUGAUUUGAUUGAAGUCAGAGAUGGCACCUUGAAAACUCAUCCACACCUAUUAGAAAACCUGGUCUUCUUUGUUGAGACCAUCUCCAUUGCCCUGUGGGUAUCAAGUUACUGUGACAGUGUCCUACGACCUUUUAAAUCCAACCUGCAGAAAAAGAAGAAGAAAAAAAAAGAAAGCAGUGUCACAAUGCCUCCUGUGUUUACACAUUUCCUGGAUUAUGUUACUGAACUUCAGACAUUAACUUCCAAUGUAAUAGAUCACAUCAAAGGGCUUGAAAUCAUUCUGACUGCACUAAAACUUGAAGAGCUGUCCCUCAAGGACACUCUGCUUUUACAGGAAGAGAAAAAGUUUACAAAGACUGUGCAAGGGAAGGUCCAGAGCAGCUACCAUCACUCUGUCCAGGAAAUUGGGGAGCUGCUGAAAAAGAGACUGGACACCAUUAAAAAACUAAAGAUUUGAGCAAAUGCAUCCUUGACAGACUCCACCAGGGAGUGACACCAGAGUCCCAGACAGGAGCAACAUCCAACAGACCAUCACUUUAACCCAGAACUUCCUCAUGAUGCAUGAAGGACUUAAAAAUCAUAAACCUUUUUUUUUUUAGGUAUUACAGAUGCAUUGAGCUGAUUUAAAUUAUUGUACAGAAUCGAGGAGCAGGGACCCUGCUGGGGUUUGACCACUUUUGAUACAUGUUCAUAAGCAUCCUGCAACAGGAGAAAGGCAACUUUCUUCCCUUCCGAUCUCUAGAAACAACUGGAGAUGGUCUUUAGAAGCAGCAAUAGAAAUCCAGUGUAAAGCAUUUAUCUCCAAGGAGUUGUAUUUUCAUCACCAUACAGUGUUUAUAAUUUUUGUAUGGUCCUUGCCUUAGAAAUGCAGAACUUGUAGAUGCCCACGUUGAGCUGCCUCCAACGCCACGAGCCCCUCCUGGAGCUGCCCGUCAGCCGCCCGCUCCUCCCGAAGGAACGCAGCAGGGAGAGGUGAGGCUGCCCUCAGGAACCCUCUGCAGGGAGGUGGGGAGGAGAAGGCAAGCUCCUGCAAGGAGAGAACUACCUGAGGGAAGAGCUGUGUGGUGUCCCUGGACGCUCAGGUGGGCGUCACCUGAGGAGCAAACGUGGCCGUUGGGAGACGGGAGCUGGUGUCUGAGAAAGGAAAGAGUGGGAACCAGAGACCUUGUAUAUAGUAGGUGCAGUGAAGUCUGAGGGUUCCGUGGCAAACAGCAACCACCAUGACUUUUUACAAGUGUAUUUAGAUUACUGAGACUUUAAGACUUAACUAUUUUAAUAGAAAUGAAACCCUGUUGGCUUUGGUUUGAAGUUGCCAGAGGUGACUUUGGCUUCCGCUGCGGUGUGAGGCCGAGGGGAGAUUUUGUAACCAUGUGCUUGCUUUUUGCAGUUGAUCUUUGAUUAUCCCAGUGCUAGCUCAUCAGGCUGCUCCCACCCAGCCUGCAUCUUCUCUUGGGUGGGUUUGUUUUAAAGGAAUGAUGCAGCCUAAAGCUGUAGGAAAACCCCACUGUUCCCUGUACCUGCAAUACCAGGGACGGGUCAGGCUUUACAGAUUCCUCAUCUUCUGGUUUAAAGCAGCUAAUGUCUGGAGUCUAUAUUUAAACUUCAGAGGGAGGUGCCCAUCCUAGCUCUGUCACCUCUCCUGAGGAUGUUUUGUUAGUGAUGCUAGAAUGUUGAUGAGAGUAUUUUUUUAUAAUAAAUCCCCUGUAUGGAAAACCAAAAAAAGCCCCAAAUCCUGGAACUGCUCUUGCUGGGUUUAGUCUUGCUUUGCCCUAUCCUGAAAGGGAAAGGAGGAGGUCUGCAGGUUGUCUAAACUGUAAUGGAUGUCCUGACUGCAGUGUCUGGUGAGUGCUCUGAGCUGGAGGAACACCAACAUGUGUUCAGGCUGCUUUGGAGUCGUGCUUUUCCUGGGAAAAACAGACAAAAUCCAACCAAGAACAGAACUCUUUGGUGUUGUAUAGAAAUGCCUUCUUUUAAAAGAAGGGUGUGCUCCUUAACUCAAAGCCUGGUGGCUGAAGGGAUGCUCUGAGAUGUGUAGGGUAAGUACCAACAGUCCCAUGGCUGAGAUGGUGCAAUUCCAAGAGCAAAAGCUGCACUGCCCCCUUUUUAAUCAAGGAGGCAAAUGGCUGUGUCUGUUCCUGCCCCUCUCCCACGGGCUUAGCACACACCAGCAGUGACUGCCAAGCUGCCACAGCACCCUCAUGCAGAGGGGACAGCCAGGGCCUGCUUGGUGCUGGAGUCACCCUCUGGUGCUGCUGCAGCAGGCUGAGCUCAGCCAGUCACAUCCAUCAGCCACGGUGCCAAUCAGGGAGGUGUCAGCUUAACAGAACCACGCUUCCAAAGCCCUCUCGUGUGCCUGAAAGCAGAACUGGCUUCCAAAAAAGCUUUUCUGCAUCAGCUCCCUUAAAAGCAGAACUGAAACUGCUGGGAGGGGGGAAAACAUGUGUCAUCUGCAGCAGAGUCUGAGAGGAGAUGGAGCCGUGGCUCACUCUUGCUUCCCAGCACAUGAGGCUGGGCACUGCCCCCAUCCCUGUGCCUGGGCACAGGCUGCUGCUCACUCAGCUGCUGGCCUGCCUGCAGCUCCAGCCCCUGGCACACACAGGCUCCCCAAACAAACACAGCUUCUGGAUCAGUCUGUAACCCCAGCUGCCAUCUCUUCAUCAGCUGUAGUUUCUCUCUAGGAGGAAUCUGUACAAAAACGAGGCUGUGCUGCCUGCCUGAGGGACAGAGGGUGUGUUUCUCCCCCCCUAUAAAUUGUGGUCAGUUGAGUAUAUGUUUCUUACAGAAGAGCAUUUCCCCUCCAGCCUGUGUCCUGUGGGGACCUGGGAAGGUGUUGAAGCUCUAACCCAGUGCUGCUCUGGCCCUUCUCCCACUCUUAGGGUUUGUUUUCCUUUGUUUCUUUGGGAUUUCUUUCUUUCUGUGAUGAAUUGAAAACCACACCUAGAAGAAGCUCCAAGGCUACUGUUUACAGACUGAAAACACGCUGCUUUUACAGUACUGGGAGCACAAACCACAAUCCUUUUAGAGGUUUCCUCCACUCUUUGGGUGAAAGGGGUGGCUGGUGCAGAUGAAGGGCAGAAGUCUCCUGCCCUGCUCUGGCUGCACCCAGGACUAAAUGCCCAACACUUGUGUUGCCCAUCAGGUUUUGUACUUUUUAACUGUUUGAUAAUGUGCAUUCCCGUUUGGCCAGCGUUGGAUGAAUCUAUUUUAACCUCUAGUGCUCCUGGAGGGGUUUUCCUGGCUUUACCUGCAGCCUUAUCUGAACUUUCUCUUCCUUGAUGAGUCGUUAAUUUAUGGCGGUAGAUGAUGUGUGUGCCUCAGCCUUCCCCGGACUUCAGUGACACCACUGCAACUGAUCUGCUUUAAACUGG